AUGUCCGCCGACGACGGCGAUGACAAGGGCGUCGAGUUGAUCGUGGCGAUUGUCGCCCUGGUCAUCUCCGUCUUCGCCUUCAUCAUCGCCAUCUUCCAGGCCCUCCAGCAGUACUACGCCUCGGCAACGGGCUACUCCUCGUGCACGCAAAAGGUCAUGGGCGACUGGGCGCAGUUCACGCGGCGGCGGUUCCGGUGGGACGAGUUCCGCUUCGAGGUGGAAUUCGAGGUGCCCGUCAUCUUCGUCGCGCCCCCGACGAACCACAGGGGCCCCCUCGGCAAGCACAACGACAAGGAGAUCACGUACAUGACGGGCACCUCGGACAGCUACAAGAAGACCUUCACCUGGGACCAGCAGCAGUACGACCAGGUGGACAGGAGCCUGCGGGCCGGGAACAGUCGCCAGGCCAUCCACACGGCCGACAACGAGCUCGCCAACUGGCUGGGCCUGCUGAUGGCGAUCCAGCGCAUGGAGAGGGAGUCCCGGACCUGGCAGGACAACGAGUACUUUGGCCACGGCAACCCGCAGUGGGAGGACCAGACGCCGUGCCACCCGCACGCGCCGACGGCGGCCGUCACGCACACGCUCGCGGUGGGCAUGCAGCGCAAGAAGAAGUCGUGGGACAGCAUGCCGGACAACAUGAAGAAGCCGUACGCGACGACGACCAUCUCGCACCUCGUCGAGGUGGCGGGCAUGCUCGGCGUGCACUGGAAGGAGUUCAACCGCAACGAGGACCGGUACCGCGCCCAGGGCAACGGCUUCAGCAUCACGGGCUACGACGUCGACGACCUCGGCAUCGUCUUCAGCUUCGAGAAGACGGGGCCCACCUGGUUCCACGAGAACCGCGUCGUGCCGGACAACCGCGUCAAGGAGCUCUGCUUCGGCUACUGCCCGACCAUCUUCCGCCCGGAGGCCAGCAACAACCACAAGUACGCCGACGAGCCCAAGGACAUUGGCACGCUGCAGCUCGGCAGCAUGGCCGCCAUUGCCGAGACGCUGGUGGUGAUCGGUUGCAACACGAACACUGUGAGGUAUUUCCGGAAGCCUCAGCCAGACACGCGUCACAUUCAUCUGUUUCCAGUCGCCUUUGAGCUCCUGGGAAUGGUCGGAGUAGUCUUCCAAAUCCCCGGCACCGCGUUCCGCAUGCUUCCCAACCCGACCAUCUGGCACUGGGACCGGAAAUCGUUCUCGCUGCGCACGUUCCUGGCCGACUUCGUGCACGCCAUGGCCGACGCGCCGGCCGCCGACCAGCGCUUGCUGAAGAGCACGGAGGUGUCGUCGUGCGUCGGGGUCAUCGCCGCGGAGGCCGGCACGAUCGAGAGCAAGUUCCAGGACCUCGAGUCCCUGGACGGGCCCGAGGCGAUCCUGCGGCCGACGAACAACGCCGAGGAGAGGAUCUACUCCAACGACCUCGUCGUGGCGCUCCACGCCGCCAUCGCGCGGUGCGACGAGUUCCUCAAGCACCACGACCGCGCCCACCUCGUCCAGAACGUGCUGCGCGUCCACCUGCAGGAGAUCCUGCGCAUCCUCAACGACACGGACGGGGAGUAUAAGGCCGUGGUAGCCGCCGCCGCCGCCGCCACCGCCGCCCCCGACGCCACGGACAAGAGUCGAUCGAAUGCCGACCAGGCGCAAGAUCUCUUCAUCCAACGCCCCACGGCGGCGGCGGCGGCGGCGGCGGCACCCGUUGUCGCGAAGACGAGCGAGGAGAGCAAAAAGGCCCAGAAAGAGAUCUCCCUGCUGCAGAAGCUCGACGCGGCGUCGUCCGGCGAGCGGCACGCCGUGCUGGCCGAGAUCUACCUCUUCUUCGUCCGCAAACGCGUCGUCGAGGUCGUCUGCAGGCAGAUGCUCGCCGACAAGACGCGGAGGGAGCGCGGCGCCCGGUCCAUCGUCUCGGCGGCCUCCGGGGAGCCGGUGUCUCACGACCAGGAGCAGCAGGUGAACGACGUGUGGUGCAUGCUCGUGUUCAGGAUGAUGUGUUGGUUGCUGCUCCACGACUUUCACGGGAAAGACAUCCAGGUUGAGAAGAGCGAGGUGUUUGGCAGCCGGUUGCCGGUGUAUAUCACAUAA